CAACUCUCUCUCUCUCUCUCUGGUUAUUCUCUUGCGCCAUAGCCAUGGUGUCCGUGGCGAGCCGAGCCAACCCCCUCCUCAGAACCGUCCCUCAUUUCCUCACAUGGCGAGGUCUCGGGUUCCGCACCAUUUGCAGCGGCCGACUGGGCUUUGCGACUCUGUCUGAGCCGCUUGGCACCGACGCUGAGCCCUCCGUCGCCGGCACCAAGGUGCUCGAGACCUUCAGAGAGGAGUUCGAAGUCGGAUUACGCAUAAUCACUCUCGAAACUGGCAAGAUCGCUCGCUUUGCUAAUGGCGCCGUCGUUUUGGGCAUAGACGAGACUAAAGUCCUGUCCACCGUCACCUCCGCCAAAAGCAACGCCGUUGCUGAUUUCUUACCCCUCACUGUUGAUUAUCAAGAGAAGCAAUUUGCACAAGGAGUGAUUCCGAACACAUACAUGAGGAGAGAGGGUGCUCCUAAAGAACGUGAACUCUUAUGCGGUCGUCUCAUCGACCGGCCGAUUCGUCCGCUAUUUCCCAAGGGAUUUUAUCAUGAAGUUCAAGUUAUGGCGAGUGUCCUCUCUUCCGAUGGAAAACAAGAUCCGGAUGUGAUGGCGGCUAAUGCGACAUCUGCUGCUCUUAUGUUGUCGGACAUUCCCUGGGGUGGUCCCAUUGGGAUGAUACGUAUUGGAAGGAUCUCUGGACAGUUCAUUGUUAAUCCGACUAUGGACGAGCUUUGCUUUAGUGAUCUUAACUUAGUCUAUGCCUGUACAAAGGACAAGACGUUAAUGAUGGAUGUGCAAGCUCGCGGGAUAUCGGAGAAAGAUCUAGAAGCUGGAUUAAGAUUGGCUCAUCCUGAGGCGGUUAAGUAUCUUGAACCGCAAAUCAGAUUGGCUGCUAAAGCGGGUAAAGGUAAGAAGGAUUAUAAAUUAUCAAUGUUGUCAGAUAGAACAUUGGAGAGAGUCCGCGAGUUGGCAGAAGCUCCUAUAGAAGCUGUGUUUUCGGACCCUACAUAUGGCAAGUUUGAGCGUGGGGGGGCUUUGGAUAACAUUACACAAGAUGUUAAGAAAGUUCUUGAAGAAGAAUGCGAUGGAGAAAGCUUAAAUGUUUUAUCAAAGACAGUUGACACAGUGAGGAAACAGGUUGUUCGGAGAAGGAUCAUUUCUGAAGGAUUAAGAGUUGAUGGGAGACGGCUUGAUGAAGUUAGGCCUUUGUAUUGUGAAGCUGGUAAUUUGCCACAGUUGCAUGGAUCAUCACUUUUUUCUCGUGGAGAUACUCAGGUUCUUUGCACCGUUACACUCGGUUCUCCUGCUGAUGCUCAACGCUUGGAUUCAAUUGUUGGUUCUUCAUCAAAGCGUUUCAUGCUUCAUUAUAGCUUUCCCCCGUUCUGCAUCAAUGAAGUUGGUAAACGAGGUGGCUUGAACAGGCGUGAAGUUGGGCAUGGAACUCUUGCAGAGAAGGCUCUACUUGCAGUUUUACCUCCUGAAGAUGAUUUCCCAUAUGUUGUACGUAUCAAUUCUGAAGUCAUGGCUUCUGAUGGUUCAACAUCAAUGGCAACUGUAUGUGGAGGCAGUAUGGCUUUGAUGGAUGCUGGCAUUUCACUCCGUGAACACGUGGCUGGUGUAUCUGUGGGUCUUGUUAGUGAAGUGGAUCCAUCAACUGGCAAAAUAAAGGACUAUCGUAUACUGACUGAUAUUCUGGGUCUGGAAGAUCACCUUGGGGACAUGGACUUCAAAAUUGCUGGCACCCGGAAAGGAGUCACGGCAAUUCAAUUGGAUAUAAAACCAGCCGGCAUUCCUUUAGAUAUUAUUUGUGAGUCCUUAGAGCAUGCUCGUAAAGGUCGUAUUCAGAUCCUUGAUCAGAUGGAGAAGGAGAUAAAUGCACCACGUGACCAAGAUGAUAAUUCUCCUCAAUUAGCUACCUUGAAGUAUAGCAACGACUUGCUUCGACGCUUGGUUGGACCUCUUGGGGCUUUAAAGAGAAAAAUUGAAGAGGAAACAGGUGGACGUCUCUCUGUAAGUGAUGGAACGCUUAGCAUAGUGGCCAAGAAUAAGGCCAUAAUGGAGAAAGUAAAAGAAAAGAUUGAUUUUUUACUCGGGCGUGAGAUUGAAAUUGGUGGGGUUUAUAAAGGUGUGGUAACUUCAGUCAAGGAAUAUGGGGCAUUCGUGGAGUUCAAUGGUGGUCAACAAGGCCUUCUUCACAUCUCUGAGUUGUCACAUGAGCCGGUUUCCCGUCCUUCAGAAGUUGUAUCUGUAGGCCAGAAAAUAACGGCGAAAUGCAUAGGUCAGGAUGUUCGUGGUAACAUUAAACUAUCCCUUAAAGCAACCAUUCCGCAGUCUGGAUCCGUGAAAAGGAAUGUAGCCAAAGCAUCUUUCCCAUCUUCGAAAGAAGAGGUUGAGUAUUCCGCAUCAGAAGAGAAUAUGUGCAAUGCUGGAGAGAAGCAGAAUAAUAUUACAGAUACUUUAGAUGCAUUUUUGGUGAAUAAAAAUGAAGUUAGUGAUGUAAAUCCCUCACAGUUCUCUGUACCACCAAUUCUAAUCCGAAGUGCCGCUGAGUGUGACGAGGAGGAAAAAUCUGCUGGUUUGACAGAAAAGUCUAAAACUAAAUCUAGAUCCCUUGGUGCUUCAGAAGCAGAUGGGAAGUCAAAACCGUCGUUGCGAAAGAAAGGAGACAAAAGAUUAAAUUCUAAAUCCAAAAGCAAGGAUGGAGAAGAAAUUACACAAAUUCUCAAAUCCGAUACGUCCAAUAGGAGUAAUUUGGAUGACUCAGAAGCUGAAACUAGAACUACAAUUUCUGCGAAAAGCCUGAAGCUAGGAACUAAGGUCACUGCCAAGGUUUUUCAGGUCCGAACUAAUGGAUUGAUCCUUGAUUUAGGUGGAGACAUUCGCGGGAUGUAUCUUUUUGAGACUAAUGGCAGGAGGGACUUCGAGGAAGGGGAUGAGUUGCGAGUUCAGUGUACGCGUUUUAAUAGAAAAGGGGUUCCGGUGAUGUCUUUGGUGGAUGACGAUUAGGAUUGUAUCGGCAUUCUCUUGCGAUGAAAACAUUAAAAACCAGGGAAUGAAUGCCGAGAGGAUUCACUUGAAGGAAUUUUGGACGCAAAAUGGUAUAGCCGUUCACAUGUUACAACUUCUUCUGAGAGUUUGGAAACAAUUGAAAGUUUUGGUUUUGGAAACAGCAUUGUAAGUCCUGCUACUAAUCCGAAGAAACACCAGGAAUCUUGGCUUGCGUUUUGUGAUCAGUUCUACAAGGACCUCAAUAAGCGGUGCCAGUAGUUUUAGCUGUCAUUUGUUGCAAACGUGACCGUGUUUAGUAAAUUUUAAUGAAACAAGAAAGGACUAUUGUCUCUCUAGAUUAGGUUUAAUUAGGUUGGUGUCCUUGGCUUCUAUUCUUCUCUCUCUCUCGGUCAAUUUCCCCUUCUUUUUAUAUUUAUACUAAUGUAGUGUUUAGCUGAUUUUUUGCUGAGAGAAUAAACAAAUUGCAUAGUACC